UGUUGUGGAGCAGUAACAGGGGGAAUGAAAGAGAGGAGGGGGCUGGAGGUUUAUGUGACGAGCGAGUGCUACGAUGUGGAAGUUGCUGUGUGUGCUGCGGCAUCUCUUCCAUUCUGUCUUCCUGCGUGGAAAAGAGGGAUCUAUGCGCUUCGUCAAACCCUUCCUCCGUGUCUCUCUCUCUCUCUCAUGUCUUUUCUGCUUCCCCACGCCCAUACGUGAUGUGUUGUUCUCCGUCUAAACAUCUUUGCUCCUCUUCUCGUCUGAUUCUCAUUCUCGUGUUGCUGCUUGACUUGCUGUGAACCCUCCCCCCUCUCUCUUCCCCUCUCAUCCUUCACUCUCUGUCCCUGGCUGGGAUCCCCUCUAUCUCUCUCUACUCAUGUGGAAGAGCACAGCAUGAGAGGGAAAGUGGCUCUAUGUUUGGUUGGACUGGCAGCCCUGCUUCACAUAUCAGAGCAGGGGCCACACCAGCGCUAUCUACUGAGAGAGCUGCUGAAGGACUAUAACCCGAUGGAGAGACCAGUGGCUAACGACUCCCUACCUCUCACUGUCCGAUUCUCCUUCACUCUCAUACAGGUCAUGGAUGUGGAUGAGAAGAAUCAGAUUCUGACCACCAAUGCUUGGCUUCAGAUGCACUGGUUUGACCACUACCUCCAGUGGAACCAGUCAGAGUACCCUGGUGUGAAGAACCUGCGCUUCACUACAGACCAGGUCUGGACACCUGAUAUACUGUUGUACAACAGUGCUCACGAUAAGUUUGAUGCCACCUUUAAGACCAAUGUACUCGUCAACUCCAGUGGGUUCUGUGAGUAUUUACCACCAGGGAUCUUCACCAGCACGUGCAAUGUGGACGUACGUUGGUUUCCAUUUGACAUCCAACACUGUGAGCUGAAGUUUGGCUCCUGGACUUUUGACGGUUGGCUGCUUGACCUCCAGAUGAAAGAGGCUGACGUGUCUGGAUACAUGACCAACGGGGAGUGGGACCUGUUGGGGGUUCCUGGGGGAAGGAGCGAGCAGUUUUACGAGUGUUGCGCGGAGCCCUACCCCGACGUGACCUUUGUGGUGACCCUGCGUCGGAGGACCCUGUACUACGCCCUCAACCUGCUCAUCCCCUGUGUGCUUCUGUCCUGCAUGACCCUGCUGUGCUUCCUCCUGCCAGCCAGCUCUGGGGAGAAGAUCAGCCUGGGCAUCACUGUGCUCUUGUCUCUCACUGUCUUCAUGCUGCUGGUGGCAGAGAUCAUGCCAGCCACUUCAGACUCCAUACCGCUGAUAGGUCAGUAUUUUGCCAGUACCAUGGUGAUUGUUGGGAUGUCGGUGGUCGCCACGGUGAUCGUUCUUCAGUACCAUCACCAUGACCCCAACACUGGGAACAUGCCCCAGUGGGUACAGCUAGUUCUCCUCCAGUGGGUUCCCUGGUUCUUGCGGAUGAAACGUCCGGGUGACGGAGCAGAUCUCACGGAGCUCCUGAACCCGUCCAGCUCCCAGAGCAAGACCCUGUCCUCCUCCUCCCCCACCACCACCAGCACCACCCCCGCCCCCUCCGUCCUGCCCCAGAGCCUCACCUCCCUGCAGGCGAGCCUGGCUCAGCUCAGCCACCCCGUGCCACACUCACACCCCAACCCCAAUCUGCACCCUAGUCCUAAUCACCCCAACCUACACCCAAACCCAGACCAGAACCUUCCACCAAACCCUAACCCUAAUUCCCUUCCACAACCCAAUGGCCAUCUGCCCUAUAUGGGCUUUCAGUCUUUCCAGAGUCCUCCGGAUCUGGAACCAGUCCAGAGAGCUAGAACCACUAGUCGGGGCAGAGGAGCAGGAGGAGGAGCAGGAGGAGGAGCAGGAGCAGGAGGAGGAGCUGGAGGAGGAGGAUCUGACAGCUCCCCUACCAAUCCCCACCCCUGCUCUACCAGAUUUGGGAGCCCUCCUCCCCAGCCCCCCUCCUCACCUGAUCCCGAUCCUUCUAAUUCAGCCUCAGGCCACACUGUCCUGGAGGCCGGGACCGGAGCAGGGGGAACGGGUGCUAGUCAUGCCCAGGCGGGGGUGCUCCAGGGUGGGGUGGCUGACGCCCAGCUACAGGCCCUCCUGGCGGAGGUGCAGUACAUGGUGGAGAGGCUUCGCGAGCAGGACCGCAGGGUGAGUGUGGCAGAACAGUGGCAGUUUGCUGCAGCGGUCAUAGACCGCCUGUGUCUGGUUGGUUUCAGUGUGUUCAACAUCAUCUGCACCAUUGCCAUCCUCAUGGCUGCGCCCAACUUUGCAGAAGCCGCGUCCAAAGAUUUCUUCUGAAAGGGAAGGAGGGAAGAGAGACCAAAGGGGGGGGGGAGAAGGAAGGAAGGAAGGAAGUGUUCGUGGAUGAUGAAGAGAGACCACACUUGUCUUCUACACAAAACUGCUAAAGUUGAGAAGGGAACAUUUGACAUUCAUCUUUCACUGGAUCUGAAUGGCGGACAUUUUGGAUUUCUACAGUACGGUCCCAACAUGUGACGGUGUGAGUAGGUGAUGAUGGACUGUACUUGAAGAGACCGGACAUUUUUAGUCUCUGUGUAGUUUUGGGUGAAGUUUCCUGCACGUACAUCAAUCAAAGUGAGGUUUGGUGGUUAAAACAUUAUGUUCCAAUUUCCUAACGUGUUUAAGGAGCCGGCUUGAAGCCAAUCCAAGUGCUUACUAAGGCUUUCCUCUGUCUUCAUUUGUGCCCAGUUUGGCUGAUGUAGGAGUUAAGUGUCCAAUACUUCAACGAUAAUGAUGCUAUCGUGUUGUGGUCGUGUGCUAAUGGAUGAAAUGUGAACUGGAGGAUAAGAGAGGAACUGAGGGAAGACUGAACACAAAUAGCAUCAAGCUCUGUGGUGUGCACACACACAUUUCUGAUCUCCCUCUCUUUUGAAAUGCAUCUUUAAAUAGAUGUACUAGAACCAGUUUGUGGAUGCAUAAGGGAUAGACAGUACUGUGAGGAUUCCAUUCCUAAAUAAAAUAUGUCUCC